CCGCGGCCUCUCUGCGUCCCCUCUCGGGGUGGUGCCGAGGGCGGCCACUGUCCCGGUCCGCUCCGUUCCCUCGGGUCCGCCCUGGGCUUGUGCCUCCGGCGGCGGCGAAUCUGCCGGGCCGGUCCCGCCGCUAGCGCGGUUUGGGCGGUUGUCAGGGAGAAGCAAGAUGGCGGCCGCGGCGACGGAGGAGGACACGGAGCUGCGGGACCUGCUGGUGCAGACGCUGGAGAGCAGCGGGGUGCUCAAUAAGAUUAAGGCAGAGUUACGGGCAGCUGUGUUUUUGGCUUUAGAAGAACAAGAGAAAGUAGAGAACAAAGCACCUCUGGUAAAUGAAAGCUUGAAAAGUUUUUUAGGUACAAAGGAUGGUCGCUUGGUAGCAGGUCUUGUUGCAGAAUUUCUACGUUUUUUCAAUCUUGAUUUUACUUUAGCUGUUUUUCAGCCUGAAUCAAGCACGCUAAAUGGCCUUGAUGGUCGAGAAAACUUAGCUCGAGAUUUGGGAAUUAUGGAAGCAGAAGGUACUGUGGGUGGUCCCCUGUUGCUGGAGGUUGUUAGGAAGUGUCAGCAGAAGAAGACUUCAGGUGGUGGAGAAGUGGCACCAGUUCUAAGUGACAGCCAGUGCCCCACAUCAAAAUCAUCUGAUGGACAGUCAAGUGCAUACUCUAUACCAAAUAAGGCUGCUGAAAACACUCAGAGUGAUACAAGUAUCUCAUCAGGGGAAGCAAGCAAAAAAAGUAUUCAUUUUUUGCCUAAUGAAACAAAACUAGAUCCUCAACUAGAAAACAAAGACUUGAGUACCAAAGAAAAAAGUGAUCCAGUUGUGGAUGAAGAUGAUGUAGAGGGAGAUUCUUUCUUUGAUGACCCUGUACCCAAACCAGAAAGAACUUUCAGCUGGAAAACUGAGGCUAAAGCAGGAGGUCUAGCAUCCCUUUCUGAUGCACCAGCUCUAAAAAGUGGCUUAAGCUCCCUGACUGGUGCACCGUUGCUAAAGGAUUCUGAUAAUUUGGAUAGAAACUCUGUUUUAAAAGACCUGCGGUUGGUGAACGCAAAGCUGGGAUCACUAGAAUUAGGAAAUGGAGAUGAUGAUGAAUAUGCUGAUGAUUUCAACAGUACAAGUCAUCGCUCAGAAAAAAGUGACAUCAGUAUUGGUGAAGAAAUAGAUGAACUUUCUGUGGGAACAGAAGAGUCAAAUGCCAGUGAUAAACUCGAAAGCAUCACACAAGACCUUACCAUUUCUCAGUUAAGCGAUGUUGCAGAUUACCUAGAAGACGUGGCAUAGAAUUGGACAGCAAAAAUCUUUCAUUGUGCUGGACUAGAAGACUGCUGUGGACUAUUAAUUUCAGACAAUCACCUUUUGCUGGAAUGUCCACUCCCUAUUUGUGCCUUGUGUUUCAAAAAUACUGUCGGUGAAGAAGGUUUUUAAAUAUUCUGAACAAGAGCUACAUGAAAUAAUGUGUUCCCAUUUGAGUCUGAUAUCAGAAUUACUUUCUUCAUUUGAUUCAGCCAAACCUUUCACAGAAGGAGGUGGAUUUUCCAAGCGGGAUGUCCAUUGCUGGCAGUGGACAUAAUAAAAACCAACUGGUAAGAGAACAUCAAGAAAGAGGCAUGUGGCUUUAUAGUGAACUUGCACUGUUGUUUUAACAGUCAGAUUUUUUUUUUUAAAGAUAACCAAAGAACCUUCAAAGGUAGUGGUUCAACUCACACUUCUUUUAACACAAUCUUGUCAAGUCAGCAUGUAGUCCGUAUUUAUGGUAACUCUAGCCACAAUACCUGAUUACUCCAUACUUACUUGAAACUGUUCUUUUACAGACUCCUCUGAAAGUUGGACUUUACCUUUUUUAAAGGCAUAUUAAGUUGAGAGUGUCUAAACUCUUUAACCUAAAUUUAGCUCUAUUUAGGAGCUAAAUUUAGCACUAGUCUUAACCCAGAAUAUUCUUGUUUAAAUAUGUUUGUCAGACCGUUGAUGUUAAGACCUAAGCUGUUUUUAUAUAUGAUAAUUUCAUCAAUGUUAUUUGUUGUUAAAUCACAAAAAGUAAUUUUGUAAGGAUUCACAAAUCAGUAACUAAAUCUUAUGGGGUAAGUUUUUAACAGUGUGUAAGACUUAGUGGAGCUUUUAUUUUUGAGGGUUCUUCAUGUGCUGUAAGAUCAUUUUCAUUCUUGAAAAAUAUUUUAAGUAAAAAUGAGCGCCAAAAAGAGAAACUACUAAACUUCUGGUUUUCAGAUUCUGACUGCUGUACAAAGUUCAAUGCAAAUAUUUAAAAAUACCAUACUUAAGACAUUGUGGACACUAAGUUCUAGCUAAGAGCAAAUUCUUGUAUUUUCACAAUGCUCUUGCAGAACAGGGUCAGUCCUGGCAAGGUUGACAGUUCUGCAGUGAUACUGUUG